AAGUCCUUAUCCACUGCUGCUUCUCCAUCUCCGAAGACUACACCCCAAAAUGUGGAUAACUUCUUCUCUCCAUUCUCUCAAGCUUUCAUCCCCAUUUCUACAUGGCUCAACUUCCCUCUCUCAUCUCUCAAAACCCGAUUCUUCUGUCACUCAGCAUCCCCUCAAAUCCCCUGCUUUUCUCCCUCCAAUCAGGGCAAUGAAAUCAUUGCAAGGUAGGGUCGUUUGUGCUACAAACGACAAGACAGUGUCAGUGGAAGUGGUGCGUUUAGCCCCUCAUCCAAAAUACAAGAGGCGUGUUAGGAAGAAGAAGAAGUUCCAGGCUCAUGACCCAGAUAACCAAUUCAAAGUUGGUGACUAUGUGCAGCUUGAAAAGAGCAGGCCCAUUAGCAAGACCAAGACUUUCAUUGCGGUGCCUGUACCAAGCAGGAAUGGGAAGCAGGAGAAGGAGGAAAAAGGGGAGCUUGGGAUUCCAUUGGAAUCUCAACAGCCUCAAGAGCAGCAGGCUUAGUGUUAAACCCUUCGGCGUGUGCUCCUUUUGUGUUGAGUAAACUUGUAAUCUUUUGCAAGUGUUUUCACUGUUUCAAAAACUACUUCUUUUCUUAAUGUAAUAAUUGUUGUUUUUCAAGGAUGUGGGUUGCUUUUUGAGUUUGCCAUGACCUCUUUUCUCUGCUCUAAUCUUGAUUGAUUUAUUUGAA